AUGGGACUUCCAGAGAGAAUGAAAGCGGUCGUUUUCCACGGACCAUACAAAGUCGCCGUAGAAGAGCGGCCUGUACCCCAGAUUCAAGCUUCGACAGACGUUAUCGUCAAAGUUAGAUAUACCGCUCUUUGUGGAAGUGAGCUCCAUGUAUUCCGUGGCCAUCAAGCUUCCAAAACCGGCUUUAUCAUGGGCCAUGAGUUUACAGGCACUGUCGUUGAGAAGGGAGAUGAUGUGAAGACCUUGGCAGUCGGAGAUGUUAUUGUUAGUCCGUUUACUACUUCAUGUGGCACAUGCUUUUAUUGCAAGCAAGGGUUCUCCUCUCGCUGUGCGAAUUCUCUGCUCUUUGGCUGCCCUAUUCUAGACGGUGGUCAAGCUGAAUAUGCUAGGAUCCCUUACGCAGAUACCACAGUCUCCAAAGCCCCCGAAGGCAUUGACGAGAAACUUCUUGUCUUGAUGGCCGAUAUCUACCCCACUGGCUUUUUUGCAGCCAGCAACGGAUUCAAAGACUACACCAGAGAACAAGCCACAGAGUUGACCGUGGUCGUCAUUGGUUGCGGCCCGGUCGGUUUACUUGCCAUUAUCAAUGCUCUAGAGUAUAAACCAAAACACCUUUUGGCGGUAGACUCUGUGGAACCUCGUCUUGAGCUUGCUAAAAGCCUAGGUGCAGAGCCGUGGAACUUCGUGAAGGAUCGCGAGGGGUUGGAUAAGCGGGUUAAGGAAUUGACGGACGGCCGGGGAGCUGAUGUGGUUAUUGAAGUAGUGGGACUGAGUCCGGCUUUGCGAACGGCUUUUGAUCUUCUGCGUCCAUGGGGGACUAUCAGUAGUGUUGGAGUGCACAAUGCAGAGAUUCCAUGGUCUGGCAAUGAAGCAUAUGGCAAGAAUUUGAAACUUCAGAUGGGCCGAUGCCCUGUACGCUCAGUAUUCCCUCAAGCUUUGGAAGCAUUGAAGAGAAAUCAGCAUCUUUUAGGAUUCAUGGCGGAUAAGAUAAUGCCGCUCUCCGAAGCAGUCGAGGGGUACGACUUGUUCGACAAGAUGAAGGCGCAAAAAGUGAUCUUUGAAGCAUGA